AUGGAGGAGAAGGAUGUCAAUUCAUACGAUCUUCAUAAUGUCAAACGAUCCACUCCAAAAAGGGGCCUUUUGAGUUUGAUGAGGUAUGCUAGCGUCAGCGACUACAUUCUUCUCACGUUCGGCGUGAUAUUCGCGAUUCUUCAAGGUUGCUCUGGCGCCAUGUCGAGCUUGAUCUUCCGAAAACUCACCGACGCUCUCAUCAUCGGUGAAGCUGAAUGGCAGCUAGACGUCUUUGAUAGCAAUGAGUUUGAGCAGAACGCUCUGAAAGCGGUCGUCUUGUACUUCACAUUCGGAUGCGUCGUAUUCAUUUUAGCGUUCAUCUCGAUGGCGUGUUGGCAUACAUUCUGUGAGCGUCAAAUUCAAAAAUUGCGCCUAGCCUACUUUCGAUCACUUCUACGCCAAAAUUGGGAAUGGUUCGAUCGGCAUGAUUGCGGCAAGCUGACGACCCGGAUGAGCGACGGCCUCGAACGAGUUCGCGAUGGAAUCGGCGACAAACUCGGCGCAAUGAUCGCGUUCAUCGCGACGUUCUUUGCCGGCAUCACCGUCUCAUUCUACUAUAGUUGGCAGAUGUCGAUUGUCAUGCUCAUCGCAACGCCAUUCUUCUUCAUUCCCGUCGGCAUCGCCUACAAGCUAAUGUCGAUUGUGGCGCCCAAAGAGCAGCAGGCCUACAAUUCAGCGGGAAGCACCGCCGAGGAGGUGAUCAACGGAAUCCGAACGGUUCUAUCGUUCAACGGACAGCGCACCGAGAUGAGGAGGUACUCGAUGUAUUUGAGGAACGGAAUGCAUUAUGGCGUACGCAAGGCGUUCCUCACCACGUUUGGCGUCGCGUUUCUGGUGCUCUCGCUAUUUUUGGCGAUGGCGAUGGCGUUUUGGUACGGCACCAAAAUGGUCAUCGACGGCAGAAUCACACCCGGCACCACUUUUGCCGUAUUCUGGGCGUUCACCGGAGCUGUUUACGCGCUUGCGCAAGCCGCUCCGCAGUUUCCAGUGUUCCUGGGAUCGCAAACCGCCGCGGGACCCAUUCUGGACAUCAUUGAUCGGAUUCCUCCCAUCGAUUCGCAAUCAGCGAAUGGUAGGCUGCUAUCAAAAAUUCGUGGCACCAUCAAAUUCGAGCACGUCAAAUUCCGCUAUCCGACUCGUCUCGAGGUGGAAGUCCUCAAAGGUGUUAGUUUGAACGUGAACGCCGGCGAGAAUAUCGCGCUGGUCGGGCAUUCGGGAAGCGGGAAAAGCACCACAGCGGCGUUGCUCCUCCAUUUCUAUGAUCUCAAUGGUGGACGGAUCACCAUUGAUGGCACAGAUAUUGCUGAAUUGAACGUCGCCCAUUUGAGGAACGUGAUCGGAAUUGUUUCGCAAGAGCCGCUGCUCUUCGCCGACACCGUUGAGAACAAUAUACGGCUUGGACGAUUGGACAUCAGCGACGAUGAGAUUGAGAUGUGCUGUCGGAUGGCGAACGCCCAUGACUUCAUCAUCCAACUACCCAACGGCUACAAGUCGUUGGUUGGUAGUGGCGGUGUUCAGUUGUCCGGUGGUCAGAAGCAGCGCAUCGCUAUUGCGCGAGCAUUGGCAAGAAAUCCCGCGGUUCUUAUACUGGAUGAGGCCACCAGUGCUCUGGACGCCGACAGCGAGCUUGCCGUUCAGAAGGCGCUCGAUAUGGCGAGGCAGGGACGAACGACCAUCACUAUUGCGCAUCGAUUGACGACGAUUCGCAAUUGCAAUCGAAUCUAUGUCUUUGACGAUGGCAAUAUUGUCGAGGUCGGAAGUCAUGAGCAAUUGAUUCGGAGUCGUGGAAUCUACAGUCAAAUGGUGAAGAUGCAGGAGAUGGAGAAGAAUAAUAGCGGCGAAGAAGACGUCGAGAAGAAGAAUUGUGAAGAGAUGCAAUCGACGAGAAUCAAAAUGGGCGAGCGGCUGUCGCGAGCGUUCUCGCUGACUUCUGAGCGGCUCGACGCCGAACUCGAACGACUACAAGCUGAAGCCGAGCGAGCUUCUGCCGAUGAAUCAGGCCUUCUCGAGAUUCUACAAUACGCGAAACCCGAAUGGUCCUAUAUGGUGUUGGCGUUGGUCCUCUCGAUUCUUCGAGGCUUGACGUUCCCGAUUUUCUCAAUUCUUUAUGGCAAAAUGUUCAAGACGCUCGCCGCCGGAUCCAACGAGGAGAAGCUCCACAACGCCGCCAUCAAUUCGAUCUACUUCGUCACACUUGGGAUACUGUCGGGAUGUGUGACAAUGGCUGCCGGCUGCCUGUUGGGCUACGUCGGCGAAUGUCUCACCAGCCGAUUGAGGCUGCAGCUCUUCUCGAACAUCUUGCGACAGGACGGCGAGUACUUCGAUCGGCCUGAACACGCCGCUGGUCGUUUGACGACACGCCUGGCAACCGACGCGCCCAACAUUCGCGCCGCCAUUGAUCAACGCCUAGCCGAUGCCGUUCAGAGCGUUUCGGCGGUCAUCGGCGGUGUCGUCGUCGCGUUCACCUAUGGUCCCGCAAUGGCGCCGAUCGGCCUACUGUCGACGGCGACGCUGUUCGGCCUGCAAUUUGUCAUCGGACAGUUCCUCAAGCGACGCGGUGCCAAAGACGCCGUCAAAGCCGAAGAGCCGUCGCGGCUGGCGAUCGAGGCCAUCGAACAGUAUCGAACGGUGCAGACGCUCACCAGAGAGCACGAAUUCGUGGCGAGGUUUGAGAACGGCAUGGCCGACAUUCAUCGAAGAUCCCUUUGGAGAGGAGUUGUGCAAUCUCUAACCUACUCGCUCGCCGUCUCCUACCUGUUCUUCAAUUAUUCGACGGCCUACCGUUAUGGCAUCUACCUGGCUGUCCGAUUAAUCACCUCACCAUUCACUGUAUUCCAGGUGAUUGAAGCGCUGAACUCGGCCGCCUCAUCCGUUGUGGCGUUCGGCACCUUCGUACCAGAAUACGUGAGAGCGCGUGUCUCCGCGGGCCUUCUAUUCCGCAUGCUUCGCGACAAAUCUCGAAUCGACAGCAUGUCGAAUGAUGGAGAUGUGAAGCGUCUCGAAGGCGACGUCACGCUCAACAAUGUCUAUUUCUCAUAUCCAGUGUCAAGAAGGCGAAUGAUCAUCGACGGGCUUAAUGUGAGAGUGCAACGCGGCGAAACGCUGGCGCUGGUCGGCGCCAGCGGUUGCGGCAAGAGCACAGUAAUCCAGCUUCUCGAGAGAUUCUAUGAUCCAAUUGCCGGAUGUAUUCGAUUCGACGGCGAUUCUCUGCUCGACAUCAAUCUGCAUUCGUUGCGCGCGCAAAUCGCGCUCGUCGGACAACAGCCGACAUUGUUCAAUUAUUCGAUUCGCGAGAAUAUCGCCUAUGGUCUCGAAUCGAUUGAUGAGAAUGAUGUGGUCGAGGCGGCCAAGUUGGCCAACGCACACGAGUUCAUCACAAAAAUGCCGGAGGUUGUCGAAAUUUGCUACGAGACGAUUGUCGGCGAGAACGGCGGAAAAUUGUCGGGCGGUCAGAAGCAGCGGAUCGCGAUUGCACGCGCGAUUGUCCGAAAGCCGAAGAUUCUCCUACUCGACGAGGCGACGAGCGCAUUAGACGCGGAGAGCGAGAAGCUGGUGCAAGAAGCUCUCGAGAAGGCCAAGAAGGGAAGGACGUGCAUCGUGAUAGCUCACAAGCUAUCAACAAUUCAAGGCGCUGACUGCAUAGCGGUGAUGCGAGACGGCAAAGUCAUCGAGCACGGAACUCAUUCGGAGCUCGUUCAACUCGACGGGGUCUACGCCAAUCUAGUACAAAAGAAUUCGAGAUAA